UGCCUUGGGCUGUACACCGUGCAGUGACUCCAGUCGCUCAGUGGUUGUGAUGCUGGUCACAUGCCCGCUCUCCACCGCGCUGACCUGCUAUCACGGGAAUCACCUUCAUAGGUCACAAAUACUCAUAGCACGGACACUGCCAGACCUCAGCUAAGUGAACUCGGGGACCCGACAACUUGGCCUAUUUAGACAUGGAAUACGGGCUUCAUAAACAUUUGUAGAACUUUAAACGAUAAGCAUCGACUUUCUGUGCGUGAAAAGAUCUCGAGUCUGAAUUUAUUCGAGAUGCCUUCGGCCCGUUUGAUGUUCCUGUGUGUAACGUGCGGGCUCUUGCUGUGGAUGGUGGUGCCGUGGUCAGGCAGGCUCAGCAACUUGUCUCAGCUUCGCGAAAUGAAUUGGGUUAAAGCUGAAUUUCAAGAACAUCUGGAUGACAUUGUUAGACUUUACAACUUGUCCCUUAAGUCUUUCGCCUCCCAUGAACUUCCUCCAGCAGAUGACCCGAGUUCCUGGAAGACCAUUCUGUUCUGGCAUACCUGGUUCGGCUUUAAUUGGUCACAUAGGUUCGGCCCCACCACUCCGGAAGGGUUGCGAGAGGUCGGCUGUCCCAGUUGGAGGUGCAGGUUCACUCUCGACCACAAAAAGGUUUCCGAGGCUGAUGCUGUUAUCUUCGAAGCCGGCAGAUUCUCGGGCCGCCCAAAAGGGAUGACCCGGCCCUUAAAUCGAGCGGUUUGGGUCUCGGCGGAGUCUCCCAUAUCGGCGUCCGGUCUGUAUCAGCUCACUGUAAUCAGUGCUUAUAACCGGAGUCGUGCCAUCAACUGGACCAUGACCUACCACUCCGAGUCCGACAUCGGGGGAUACUUCGGACACUUUCGCUCCCUCGGCGUCAGUGCCAUGCCAAUGCGACCCAACUUGAUGGCUGAACACCGCGAGGCUCUGAAGCGGCAUCGAGCGGCUCUCGCCCAAAACAAAACCCUGCAGGACGUGAUGGGCGGUGGCUGGAGUACCUUCGUGCAGAGGCCCCGGGUGGUGGCCUUCAUGACCAGCCAUUGCGUCACCCUCUCCAGGCGUGAGGAGUACGUGGUCGAGCUCCAGAAAUACAUGGAGGUGGACAGAUACGGGGGAUGUGUGAAACGACGUUGUGGAGAACGUCAUAAUGCAGAUAGCUGCUGGAAGAGUGUGCUGGGUGGCAACUAUUCCUUUUACAUGGCCAUGGCGAAUUCCUUUUGCAGAGAUUACGCUACAGAGAAGCUUUACCUGGCGCUGGUGUACAAUAUGGUGCCAGUGGUGUGGGGAGGCAGUGACUACGACAAACUGCUGCCGCCCCACUCCUACAUCAACGCCCGCCACUACCACCCGAAGAACCUGGCCCGCCUCCUGACGCGCCUCCACAAGGACCCCGUCGCUUACGGCAGAUAUCACCUGUGGCGUGGGUACCUCAAGCCAGUGCUGGGAGGCAGCUUCUGUGAAUUAUGUCAUCGUCUGCACACUGACAAAACGGUCGGUCACCAUAAGGACGUGAGCGAGUGGGCCAAGAGGACCGGCAUGUGUGUAAAUGUGCCUCAGAAUUUGUUCAGCGAUAACAAGUGGAGGAAGUUCAUCAACGACACCGAAGUGACCCCCGGUGGAAGUGGAAAAUGAAAGCUUGUAUUACAGAACUAGCUAGGGUGAGGUAGCUAGGUAGGAUGAGGUUGGUGGGUUUUCACGUAGAUAGAUAGAUAGAUAGAUAGAUAGAGGAAUAACUGAUAGAUUGAUUGGCAGACGGAUAGUGAGAUUCAUACUUAUAUAUUUAUAAAUGAGAGAGAGAGAGAGAGAGAGAGAGAGAGAGAGAGAGAGAGAGAGAGAGAGAGAGAGAGAGAGAGAGAGAGAGAGAGAGAGAGAGAGAGAGAGAGAGAGAGAGAGAGAGAGAGAGAGAGAGAGAGAGAGAGAGAGAGAGAGAGAGAGAGAGAGAGAGAGAGAGAGAGAGAGAGAGAGAGAGAGAGAGAGAGAGAGACCCCUCACCAUCCCACCCUUCCUCCCUGCCCCACACUUCUCUCUUAACUGUAUGUGCCAUAGGGUGAACAUGAGUCCUUGUUCCUCGCAUAGGUUUCAGCAUAACGGAGCUAUAUAAUAGGGACCAAGAGUGGGAUGACUUGUGUAUUCUUAAGUUGGUAUUAUGAGAGGCUUCCACCCCUGACAACAGCUGUAUCCAGAGGCCGAGGAGGAGAGGAGUCCGAGUUCUACUGAGUGUUGUUUUAGGUUCACGGUACAGAAGAAGAGUCGAACUACCAUGCAAGGUCAUAAAACUACCCCUGGGAAUGCCCAGAUCUCCUAUACGAAAGCCUAGUCAAAUAUAUGUACCUGUUUGGGAGAGAGAGAGAGAGAGAGAGAG